CUAAAUUAACAAGAGUAUGUAUUCUACUUUAAAAAAGUAAUUUAUAACGUUUUAAUCCCUCGUUGAAUUAAAAUUAUUUCAAAAAACCACCAUAAAAAAAGCCGGCGCACUCAUAGGCGCGAAGUUGUUUACAAUAUCUCGAGUCAGUAUCGUGCAAAUAUCGGAUCGGUCGCCAUUUGCGCCACGGAGGCUCCCAAAUCGGUCUUGUGUGGAGUGAAAUUAUAGGUUAUAGUUAAUUGUAAUUAAUCACUUAUCAGUGCAAGAAAACUAAAGAAAUUAUACAACAAAACAUUAAGACACUGUUUAAUAAUAGAAAGGAGGAUAAAAUUCUUGAUAUGAUUGUCCAGUGUACCCGAUAUGAAGAUUGAAGAUAGGGUAUACACAAAGAAAUCUGUGCCUAAAUUACAUAAUAACUUAAAGUAAAUAGAAUUCAGUAUAUGGAUAGAAGAUAUAUUUACUGAGGAUAAGAAUGAAAAUUCCCGAGACGUCAGCUAAUAUUGGUGCUUAUUAUGGCAAUGAAGACAACGUACAGUGGCAGCCCAACGGUGUAAUAAUAGACAACGGAGUCGGUGGUGGUAUUGUAGGUAGCGGAGACGCGGGUGUACAUCGUCCCCCUGUCUACCCUGUGCAUAUACAGAGAGGACAUAUUCCAGGCUACGUGAUGGCUGAAGCUUACUAUCCUCCCACGUACCCCGCGCCACCAACACACGCAGCGCCACCUGACGACUUCGCCGAUUAUAUGUGGAUGGAAAACGAAGAGGAAUUUGAUAAACAAGUGAUGCAGCAAUUAGAAGAGGAAGCUCUAAUGGAGCAAUGUAUAGAGGCGAUGUUGGAAGAUGAACAGAGAGAGAGACAUCGUCCUGUACCUAACGGACAUAAUCAUUAUCCUACGACAAGUAAUGGUCAAGCAUCGUGUUCCUUAGAAGAAGCUGUAUCCAGAUCCACCCUCAAUCCAUUGGCCGCUGAGUUUGUACCCACAAGAGUUGUACCUCCACCGACAUGUGAAGAUAAAACAGAGAACAGCACAGAAGAGAAACAGACAGAUGAACAGAGUCCAAAGGAAGAUGUCACAAAAACAGUACAUGUCGAAAGUAAAGAAGAAAUUGUAGAAGAGAAGAAAGUUGAAGUAAUAUCACCAGAACCAAGCGAAACUCCAGAAGUAAGCGCAGCAGAUGUCCAACCGAUUGAGAAGAAGAAAGAAGUGAAAAUGGAACAGAAGAAAGUUAUCAAGCAAGAUGUUAAAGUUAAAGCGGUUGUAGUUAAAUCUGAUACGAAAGUUCAAAAGAAGAAAGAUGUUAAAAUUAUCAAAAGUGAUACGAGAGUAGAAGAGAAAGUUGAAGAUGAGAUUGCUAAGCAAUCACCACCUCCCAUCACUGAAGAAGCAACGCCUGGUGUUAAGCCGAUUAACUAUGCGGCUGCAGCGAAAGCUAAUAAACCUAAAAAGUCAACAUCACCGCCAACAGCAGAGAAGAUAAUCAAAGAGAAACCUAAACCUGUUGAAAAGACGGAAAAAAAGGAAAAAAUAUUAAUAAAAGAUGUGAAGCCGAAGGAAAAAGUUAACGUACAAAGAAAAAAUUCAACCAAGUGAUUGAGAUGUACAAAAAAAUUAACAUUUUUUGCCGUUUUUUUUUUCGGUCAGUAUGUGAGUUUUUUUUUCUUUCAUUUUUUUGUUUUUUUUUUUGUAAUUAGUGUGUAAAGUUGUGAUAUCCAUAAAAUAGCAUUUUUUUUGCGUUUGGGAGAAAAAAAAUUAAAAAAAAAAUACAGUGUAAAAUUAUGUGAAUAUUAUAUUAAGAAUAUAUUUAGUGUAACUACCUUUUUGGUGGACAGUUCGCUAGUUUACAAAAUGACGGACUUCAGUCUGUUUGUAGGAUAAGUUAAUUACAAUGCAAAAUUAAUUAAAAACAAAAAAUUAUAAGUUUUAUGAAUAUAUUUGACAUUUAAAUAUUUUAAAAAAUAAUUUUCUGAUUAC